AUGGGCCGUUGGGGUGCUGUCUCUUACAUUAUCGGAGCAAUUAUAGGUUCUGGUAUAUUUAUAACCCCAACAACAAUUUUAAAUAAUGUUAAUUCUGUUGGGGCUUCUCUCUUAAUUUGGAUAUUGUCUGGAAUUAUAGCUACAUUGGGUGCUUUUUGUUAUGUUGAAUUGGGGACGAGUAUUAGAAAAUCUGGUUCUGAUUUUGCUUAUUUGUGCCAUGUUAGAUGUUUUUCAGUCUACGCUAUCCGAUGCCUCAAUAUUGAAUUUUGUGAUGAAUUUACUCGUAUUAUUGCGCACAAGCUUAUUUCCUUCAGUUUACUAUUAUUACUUUUCUUCAUAAAUUGUUUUUCUUUACGUCACGUAGUCUCUCGAGUUCAAAUUAUUUCAGUUAUUGCCAAAUUUGUGGCUAGUGGUAUAAUUAUAAUUUGUGGAAUUUAUUUUUUGUUAUUUGGAAGAAAUGUUCAAUUUAAUAAUUUCUAUCAUCCCUUUGAAAAUACUAACUUACGUCCAGGCAAUAUAGCCCUUGCACUUUUUGGUGGAUUAUAUAGUUAUGAUGGGUGGGAUAUUCUUAAUUAUGGAAUUGAGGAUGUUAAAAGCCCGAGACGUAUGAUAGUCUGCGCUUCAAUUUAUGUUUUAAUGAAUUUAUCAUUUUUUAUGGUUCUGUCAGUGACAGAAAUGCAAUCUUCACAUGCCGUUGCAAUGGCAUGA